CAUCAGGUGAGUGGAAUGAUGAGCUAAUGCUGGCCCUACUGCCAUUCCAACCUGUACCAUGCUUGGUGCCAUCAAUAAAGAUUUGGCCUGAUUUCAUCCCAACUCCUGGUGUCCUGUCUGUUCAUUUGCUGCUCUUCUGGGUCAAAUAAUUCACCUGCCAGGCUAAUCUAUUAACUUUAAUGUUAUCUCUUUUUUCAAAGAUAGAUUCCAAGAUCUCUUUAAUCUCUGAUGAAUGCAUUUCAUAAACUAUGGAACAGACUACAUGAGGAAAGCAGAUGAACGUUACAGAAUAUAUCCUCUUGGGUUUUGGAAAAUUCGGUCAAUGGCAAAAUAUCCUAUUUUUUGUUUUCCUAUUGAUCUAUAUUGCAGCCAUGAUUGGAAAUGUACUCAUUGUAAUUUUAGUGGUAGUUGAUCAGCAUCUACAUACGCCCAUGUAUUUCUUCCUGGGAAACUUGUCGUGCCUAGAGACUUGCUAUAUAUCAAAUGUCAUGCCCAAAAUGAUGGUGGGCUUGUUGACUGAGGAAAAUGUGAUUUCAUUCAGCGGCUGUUUUGUGCAGUUCUUUUUCUUUGGUUACCUUAUGGCAGCAGAAUGCUAUCUUCUCUCAGUAAUGUCAUAUGAUAGAUAUUUAGCAAUAUGCAAACCACUGCAUUACACAACAACUAUGAAUGCACAAAUGUGCAUCCAACUAGCAGUUUCUUCGUGGAUAAAUGGACUUAUAGCUACUUUAAUACUUUUGGGUUUUAUGCUAGAGUUAACAUACUGUGGCCCCAAUGAAAUUGAUCAUUAUUUCUGUGAUUCUGUCCCACUUAUAAAACUUUCCUGUAGUGACACCAACCUGGUGGAAGUUAUGAGUUUUGUCCUGGCAUUCAUAUUUACCCUGCCACCUUUUCUCCUCACCUUGACAUCCUACAUAGCCAUCAUAACUACUAUCUUGAAAAUUCCUUCUACAACUGGGAGGAAAAAAGCAUUUUCCACUUGCUCUUCUCAUCUUAUUGUAGUUUCUACCUUCUACGGAGCCAUCAUGAUAGUGUAUAUGUUACCGAAGAGAGAAGCACUCCGUGAUCUCAACAAAGCUUUCUCUCUCUUGUAUACAGUCCUACCCCCUGUCGCAAAUCCUCUUAUAUAUAGCUUGAGAAAUAAGGAGGUAAAGCAUGCCAUAGGGAAAUUAUUUGGAAA